AUGGGACUUGAUAUCGUCGUACCAUUACUGCGGGCUCCAGGGAAUAAGCGAUUCCUGAUCGUCGCAACAGAUUAUUUCACAAAAUGGAUUGAAGCAGAGGCAUUAAUACAUAUUCGAGAUGUCAACGAUAAGCGUUUUGUGUGGAGAAACAUCAUAACACAAUUCGGUAUACCAAGAGCACUUGUCUCAGACAAUGGUACCCAAUUUGAUUGUGGCAUCUACCGAGAAUUUUGCAAUGCGUAUGGUAUCAGGCCAUACUUUUCCUCGCCGGCUUAUCUACAAAGUAAUGGUCAGGCUGAGUCAUCCACCAAAAUCAACUUGGACGACAUCAAGAAAAGAUUGAAAAAGCUAACGGUGGAUAGGUCGAAGAGUUGCCCAGUGUGUUAUGGGCUCGUUGCACUACUCCAAGGUGAUCCAAAGGGGAAACGCCGUUCGCUUUGUGCUUUGGAACCCAGGCAAUUCUCUCCCUAG